AUGGCGAAACGAAAGCGGGCCAGUGAGCACCAGCCAGCAGAGACGCUCCUGCCCCAGAAAAAACACUACCGCCAGCGCGCGCACGCAAACCCGUUCUCAGAUCACGACCUCCAGUACCCAGCCAGCCCAGAUGCCGUCGACUGGGACGCGCACUAUCCCGCGUUCGCGGGCACAGGCAAGCUGCCAGAGUUUGCAGACAUCGGCUGCGGCUUUGGCGGCCUCUUGAUCACCCUCGCGCCUCUCUUCCCAGACACACUCAUGCUCGGCAUGGAAAUCCGCGUCCAGGUAUCGCAGUACGUCCAGGACCGCAUCGCCGCACUCCGCGUCAGCGAACACACCCACAACAACGUCUCCGUCGUCCGCGCCAACGCAAUGAAGUUCCUCCCAAACUACUUUCCCAAGCACUCCCUCUCCGCCCUUUUCUUCCUCUUCCCAGACCCACACUUCAAGUCUCGCAAGCACAAGGCCCGCAUUAUAUCCCCCACCCUCCUCGCAGAAUACGCCCAUGUCCUCCGUCCCGGCGGCAUCGUAUACACCAUCACUGACGUCAAGGAUCUCCACAAGUGGAUGGCUUCCCAUCUCAACUCCUUCCCGCUUUUCGAGUUUGUCGACGAAGACACUCUACGCGCAGAAGGCAAGGGUCCCAUCAUCGAUGCUGUCUACACAAGUACAGAGGAGGGCAAGAAGGUCGAGAGGAACAAAGGUGAAAAGUGGUUGGCCUGUUUCCGACGCAUACAGCUCGAGUAG